AUGAAUUCUCUUUAUACCAAGAGAGUUAUAGCAAAAUUAGGUGGUACUCGACCAUUAAAUUCUACUUAUGGUCAUUUACUACAAGGUUACGGUGGAGUUACAUAUAAUACAUCACAAGCUGUCAUUGAUAUACUUAUUCAUAAUAAUAUCUUAUCUCGUAUUAAUGAAAUAUCCAUUCCUGAUUAUAUGUUAAACCGAACGAAUGUAAAAAAGAUAAUUGUUGAAUUAUUUGAUCGAUAUCAUAAACGUUUAUUUCGGAAUAAAACAACAACAAUGAAAGUUAUAAUAAAUUCAAAGAAAAAGCUUCGUGUAAGAUUUAUUCGUAUUUCAAUAUUGGAAACAAAUGAUGAUUAUGCACCAUUAAAUGUUACAUUAUCAAUUAAAGGUUGUUUUUAUCAAAAACAUCCAACGAAAAAGAUCACAAAGGAACAUACACAAACAACAAAAGUUACAACAAAAAGUACAUGCUAUCGUGUUAAUGCUCUUGAACCUGAAUAUGCCCAUAAAAUAAUUGGACAAUUUGAAGGAACUCAACCAUUACCUGGUUUAUCAUUUGUUGAUUUUAUUAAACAAUCAAAAACAGGCGUUGAUUAUGGAACAAAAUCCCCUGUUAUUAUCAUUCGAUUUCAAUCAAAUGUUGUUGGUCAAUUAGAUGGAAUUUCUCUUAUUGGUCAUAAAAAUAAUAUAAAACAAUUUCAAGUUGAUCUAUUUGAUUUCAAUAAUAAUUUACUCUUUUCUAAACAAACAACUUAUCUAGAAAAUAAUGGUUUGCAAAUGUUAUCAUUACCAACUGAUAAUCGUCCAUUAGUUUCAACGGUACAAAUAACAGUUUUGGAUACAAUUGAUGAUCGUCCAGUCCGUGGAAUGAUUCUAUCGAUUAUCGGUUGUUUUUCAACAGUUCCAAGAAUGCCAACAACUACAACUACAACAACAACAACAAUUGCACCGACAACUACACAAUUAACAACAAAACAACCACGUGAAUGUAAUAGAAUAGAACUGAUGACUAAUAAAAAGAUUAUCAUUGGUAUAACAUCACAAUCUCAAUUAAUUGAUGGAAAUCUUGGUCAAAUUGGUCAAAUAAAACAGAAUGGUGUAACAUUUUCUAAUUUCACACCAUCAAUCGAUAUAGUAUUUCGUUCAAAUAUUCUUGUUUAUCUCAAUUCUAUAUCAAUUAUUUCGACAACAACGAAUCUAAAACGAUUUCGUAUUGAAUUACUUAAUAAUGAAAAUGAUGUUCAAUAUAAAAUUGAAUCAUCAUCAAUGACAGUUAAUUUAGAAUCAUUACCAUCAGUCGUAUUAGCUGGUAUUCGACUAACAUUUCUUGAAACAAAUGAUAAUCAACCACCGAAAAAUAUUAUUCUAUCCGUUCAAGCAUGUGUUGAAGAAAUCUUAAUUACAACACCUGCAACAACUAUACCAUCGUUAACAACGAGAAAAACAUUAACAAAAACAACGCCUAUUACACCAGAUCAUUGUGCUGAUGUUGAUGCAAUGCAAGAACCCUACAGUAAACAAACUCUUGCUGGUCUUAGUGGUACGAAUCCGAAAGGUACGAAUUCUUCACUUUUGGAUCUUAUCUAUGGAAAAUCUAUAUCAUUCGAUGAAAAUGAAAAUAAAACUAUUUUAUUUGUCAUUUUCAAAUCAAAUCUAUUUGUCUAUUUAAAAUAUGUCGGACUUGCAUCAACAUCUAAUAGUAAUGUAAAACGAAUUAAAAUUGAAUAUCUUGAUAAAAAUCAAUUACUUAUACGAACAAUAUUUGUUGAUUAUUCCAAUGAACAAAAAAUAAUGGAACCCAUGCAAAAUAUUGGUUCAGUUAAAAUUACCAUUGAAGAAACAUAUGAUGAAAAAUCAGCAAAAAAUGUUCGUCUUUCAAUUAGAGGUUGCUUUGCUAUUCAACCUCGCUCAACAACAGCAACAACAACAACAAUACGACCGGUCAUAUCAACAACAACACCAACUGCAUGUCAUCAUCUAAACUUAAUGUCAAAUAAACCUGUAGCAACUAAAGUUAUUGCACAUGUUGCUGGUACUAAUCCAAAUUCGUCAGCAAUAUUUGAUUAUUUUAAUUCAUCAAAAUCAAUUUCUUAUAUAACAUCAAAUCCAACAUUUGUCAUCGUAUUUAAAGCAAAUAUUUAUGUUGAAUUAAAAUCAAUAUUAAUUACAAAUAAUGAAACAAAUGUUCGUGAAUAUAAAAUUGAUUUAAUUGAUAAUGAUCGAACAAUUUUGCAAACAAUUAUCAUGAAUACACAGGAUACAAAAUCAGAUGUUAACUUUUAUGUUCCGAUUACUGCUUUACAAAUAACAUAUCUUACAACAACAGAUGGACAACCACCACGAAAUAUUAUUUUGAAUAUUGAUGGAUGUUUUGGAAUAAAUCUGUCUCCGACAACAACAACGGUAACCACUCCAGUAACGAUGACACAACAGCCACCAAUAUUAACAACGAGUCACUGCCAUGAAAUUGAUAUGAUGAAUAAAGUUGAUUCUACUAUUCUGGUCGAUUCAAUUACUGGUACAUUACCUAGCAAAACAACUAAUAAAUUAAGUGAUUAUUUCAAUGAAACAUCCUUAAUAUCAUAUGACACACAGCAAUUACCCAUAACUUUUCUCAUCAUUUUAAAACCGACUAUUUAUGCUGAAAUUCAAACAGUUUCUUUAAUAAGUUCAACAACAAAUGUUAAAAGAUUUCAAGUUGAUCUUAUUGAUGAUUACAAAUCCAUAGUACAAACAAUCGAAUCCGAUAAGAAUUUAACUGUUGACGGUUUAACAGAAGUUGGUAUUGCUGCAAUACAAAUCACAUACAUUGAAACAACUGAUAAUCAAUCACCAAAAAAUAUUCGUCUAUCAAUUAAAGGUUGUUUUGGUAUUCUUCCAAAACGUCGGCGAACAACACCAACAAUUACAUCAACCACAAAAAAACCAACUCAAACAACACCAGCAGUAACAUCAACUACAACAAAACCAUCUCGAACAACACACAGAAUAAAACGUAAUAAAUAUAUGACAGAAUAG